AAUAGCGAAGAGCGGAGGAGAAGGUGAGAGGCCGUGGUUUUUCCUCGAAAUGUAGAACUUAUUGUGAACUGAACAGUUAUCGGAAAGUUUUCCCAAGCGCAACUAUCAAUUACUUGAAUCCGAAAAUACCUUCGGGCUACCUGUGCGAGUUAAGUGGCUGCUAGUGGCAGAAGGAACGGGAUAUUGAUGAUGACAGAAGAUAUAUAAACCAGGAGUUAUUCACAAUCGAAGACAGUCCAACUUUGGCGCUGCAGAAACGGGCUGGUUGAUGUUUACAACUGACAUCGCUUGUCCAAAAUAUAAAGAAGUAACAUCCAGAAAAACUUGUUCCGAAUUUACAUAUAUAUUUCAAUAUCAGAAAAUGGCGAAGUUUGAAAAGGUUUGUGCAUUCGUUAUUGUACUUUUCGGAGUCUUAUCCAUCUGCCAGUGCGCUGGUAUCGAUGAUCUAUUAAACGAUUCAACGUUAGUCAGAAAGCAGCUCAAGUGUGUGUUGGACAAAGGACCGUGCGAUGCGAUUGGAGCCUCUGUAAAAGCUUCAAUCAGGGAAGUAUUAAUCAACAAUUGCCGCAAUUGUAACCAACAACAGGCAGCGAAUGCACGUAGAGUUAUGGAGUUUGUGAGGACGAGGUACCCGGCUGAAUGGAACGAAAUAAGUCGCAAGUACGUGGGAAGCGCCAGGGGAUGAUUUAAUUCGAACAAAAUUAUUGUAAGCUCUGUUAAUAAAAACUUGUCAAUUCAA